AUGGGACUUGAAGACCAGUACGACAACAAGCUCACACUUAGCACUGUCCUAGAGAUCAGUCAGAAUGAUACAUCAGAGAACAAACUUGAAACUGCAAAGUCACUUCCUGGGGCUUUUUUAAGGAGACUUAUGAUGUUGAACGCAAAUGCUAGAAGUGUCAAAUGUGUGUCCUGCGAUGUGGACACAGACAAGAGCAAUGCCAUCAACCCCCUGGACCUGAUAACUGCAUUGCUUCUCUGUUCGGACAGCUUUCUUCAGCAGGAUAUAGUUCUGAAAAUGGCGCUCUGCCAGUUUGCCGUCCCUCUCUUGCUGCCCAACAGUGAAACAAGAGAAAUCACAAUGAUGCUGUGGUCCAUGCGCGACAUUGUGCGAACCUUCAGACCGUCCCUGCAGGCAUUCAGAAAGUUAAACUGUGAGGAAAGAAUUGUGCACUCUGAUAUUCCUCUGGUGUCGUUCGUCAGGCUGGGGAGGACAAGCCUCUCCAAGUCUCUGAUCUUGAACAAACUGCUAAGUAACACUACGCAGUACCACAACAGCACAUUUUAUCAUCGGGACAUGGUGUGUGGUGAAGUCCCCAGGAGGAUUUCAGGUGGGCUAGUUGAAAUCAGCUGGUAUCUCCCGUGUGGGAACAGGAGCGUUGACAAAUUCAUCGAGCCACUGGCUGUUGCAAACCUCAGAGGAGAUAUCAGGGCUUUUGACGAGCAGUUUUCAUUCCUCUGUGAGACAUCUGCAGCUGUUUACAUCUUCUGUGAUGAAUCAGAAAUGGAUUACUUCAAGCGUCUGGAAGGAAAAGAUGUGAAAGCAAAUGUCUUUUUGAUCAGCAGUGUACUGGGGAAAUCCUUUACACUCAAAAGGAUGAUAAAGGAGCCACGAUUGAAGAUAGCUAAUGUUAGCCAGAAGAAAAAGACCGAUAUGGAGCUGAUAAAAGCCCUCCAGGAAUCAAUCUCCAAGAUGCUAGAAAACUACCAAAACAUAGUGUCGGUCGCAAAUCAGGCCAACAGAGCUCGCUGGUGUGGGAUCCUGGUUGAUGAGGACAGCGAUGAAUGCCAGAGCGCAUGGAAAGAUGUGGACAAAAUCACCAAAUGCAUCACUGACACGUCUGAAUUCAAAGACAAACAACUGCCUCUCCGGGGACACAUCUGGAAAGCGCUUUCGUGGCUGGAAACAGAGUGCUGGAGAAUGCGGAAAGCUGGCAACCAGAACACUGAAGUCUACCGCAAGUCUUUGCAAGCAAAAGAAAAAGAGCUGAAAAAGAAGCAGCAAAGAUUUGAGAUUACAACUGCAAUGUUAAACUUCCUUCAUGGGGUAGUCACCUCAGAAGUGCAGCGCUACUAUUUUCUCAAAUGGCUGGAAAUGGAACUGGACGAUCUGUCCCGGCAGCAGGUGUCAUCUCUGCAGGAUCGAUACAAAGAGCUACUCCAGAAAUCUCCCCAAGAUGCUGAAAAAAUUGCGGAGAUUGACAAGCAAAUUUCUGUUUGUUCUUUACGUCUGGAGCACUUUUUUGGAGAGUGUGGGCGGCUGUAUGAGUGCACGAGUUACAUGCCAGAGUACAGCCGUCAGAGAAAAACCAGAGAACAACUCCCUGCACUGUAUGCUCAGAUGCUGCUGGAUGGUUUCCCUCUUGAGCUUGUUGAUGGAGAUGCAGCAAACAUCCAGAUGAAAUGGAUCACUGAUGUACUCACUGAGCUUCACUACAGUAUGCAAUCCAACAGCAAACUCAAGGUCGUUACGAUCAUCGGAGCUGAAAACUCAGGAAAAUCGACUCUGCUCAACACCAUGUUUGGAGUCAGGUUCGCUGUCAGCAAAGGAACAUGCACCAGGGGGGCGUUCAUCCAGCUGAUCAAUGUCAACAAAGACAUGAGGAAGGAAAUGGGUUGUGACUGCAUCAUGGUCAUUGACACCGAGGGACUGAAACCAGAUCAGAUGGUUCAAGACGAUCACAGCCAUGAACGUGACAAGGAAGUAGCGAGCCUCUGUGUGGCGCUCAGUGAUGCCACAAUCGUCACCGUUUCCAGGGACAACUCCAGAGAGAAAGACAUCUUAGAGUUGGUGCUUCAUGCUUUCGCAAGGUUGAAGGAUGUGGGCAAGAAGCCGCUGUGUCAUUUUGUACAUGCUAACAUGUCUGACAUGCCUGUUGUAGAGAGGAGGAGGAGAGAUAAAGAGUUGAUGGAGCAGCUCAGUGAACUGAUCAGGAAGGACGCUGGGAUGAGGAAGGCCGACAUCACAAAGGUCUCGGAUGUGAUGGAGUUUGACCCGGACACUUGCAGCUGGUACAUUCCUCCACUUUGGCAUGGGACUCCACCCAUGGCUCAUUUUAGUGUUGACUACAGUGAGACUGCGCACGCUUUGAAAAAGCGACUGAUAGGCGACCUUGCAAAGUGCAAGGAAAGAGGCGAUCUGACGCAUUUUGUCAGAAGGGUAGAAAACUUCUGGAAGGCUGUGUGA